AUGGCAAAAUGCUUGGUUCUUCUAUCUUGGGACUUGCUGGGAAACGCUCCGCGGUAUCCCUGGAUAUGGCACUCGGGAGAGUCGGUACGCGGUAAAUCGCAAGGAACGGCCAGGAGUACGUUGAUUGCGUCUUUGCCUCUCGAGACAUCUGGAAGAAUGCACCGAGCAGAACAGAUCACACAACUUGGCCUUCUUCGUCGUACGCUCAGGCAGGGCAGGGAGUCAGCUGGACCAGGCGUCAGGCGUCAGGCGUUCAGGCCGCUCUCCAACAAUAAGAACGCAGAUUUAAUGCUUUUUAUUACUGAUACGUCCAAGGGAAGCGCUGUCGCCAUCAACAAGCUUCAAUCAAUCAGAAACCGUGGAUCUAUCUCCCGCGAGGCAAGAACAGGGAAGAUUGUUGACAGAUGGCGUGAGAUUCGUGAGAUGGCAGCCUGGGAUCUGGAAGAAAGAGGCAGGGACGAAGGAGAUGGCGUUAUCGAUAAGAAAGAGCGCCCAGGCACUGCUGCAAUAUUGAAGGAAAGUUUUGAUGCUGAAAUAACGGGGAAAGGUACCGAGUAUGGGGCAGAGCGUGCAUCGGGAAUGCUGCAGCAGAAGAAGAGGGAAGAGAUGGCUCGCGGUGGCGUGCGCUGGUGAUUUGGGAGGAGGUGACUGCCAAAUGAUCGACAGGCACGCCCGAGGCACGGUUGAUCUAUAGUGACCGUGGAGCCUCUGGUGCUUGAGGCAUGCUUGGGCUGAUACUGGCACGGCCUUUGAAGGAUGUUCUCUUAUCCUAUCUUAU